AUGGAGGAACAGCUGCGAACUCUCACUCAUCAGAGAGGGGCAGUGAAGGGCAAAUUAACGCGUGUUAAAAGUGCCAUUCAACAUAGUGACGAUGCACCGAAUACGAACAUUCGAAACUUGCACUAUCUUCGGCUGCAUCAAAAAACAGUUGACCAGGCAUACAGUGAAUAUAAUGACUUUCAGAACCUCAUUUAUGCCCUGCCCCUUUCUGAAGAGCGACGAGCCGAGCAGGUAGCGAAAUACAUCGAAUUCGAGACGAUGUACAACGACUUGUCGAUCCGGUUGAGUAUGCUGACAGAGGAGGCUACAAAGGAAGCUGACACGAAGAAAGAAAUUGUGGCUAUGACACCCGCUUCGAUGACAUUUGGAUCAACUUUGCCAUUCCUCUCUCCACUUCAAGCACCGUUACCGACCUUUGAUGGGUCGUACGAACGAUGGUUUUCGUUUAAAUCCAUGUUCAAUACCAUCAUGGAUCGAUACACACAUGAGGAGCCGGCCAUAAAGCUUUACCAUCUCCGUAAUUCACUUGUUGGUCCGGUUGCAGGAAUCAUAGACCAGGACAUCGUUAACAAUAACGACUACGAUGCUGCCUGGCGAUUCCUCACGGAGAGAUUCGAAGACAAGAGACUUAUCAUAGACAAGCACAUCGAGUGUUUGUUCAAUUUGCCGAAUAUCGUAAAGGACAACUCGGUAAACCUCCGAAAGUUGCUGGACGUGUGCAACAAGAACAUCGAAGCACUGAAGAACUUGAACCUUCAACUGGAAGGGCUCGGCGAGCAAAUGGUGGUGAACAUGAUUUCGUCGCGAAUGGAUAAAGCUACGAGAGUCGCCUGGGAGACUCGUCAGAAACCGGGAAUUCUGCCCAGUUAUACGGCGACGAUGACGUUCCUACAAGAGCAGUGCAGAAUUAUUGAAAAAAUUGAAACGAGCAACAAAGUGGAAAGUGUGAAGCCGAAAGCGGUGGCGAAGGCCCACACGCUAGUGAAUAUAAAUGAACAGAAGAAUGAAACAAAACAUGAACUGAAGUGUGCUGUAUGCAAAAACAACCACGAACUAUGGAAAUGCGAAAACUUUAAGAAGAUGAAUGUGAGUGAUAAAUACAAUAUGCUGAAGAAGUCGGGAUGCUGCUUCAACUGCCUGCAGAAAGGCCACCGAACUAACGGAUGUACUUCGACGCAUAACUGCCGUGAGUGUGGUAAACGCCACCAUACAUCACUCCAUAUUAGUGAAGGUUCCAGCUCCAAGUCAGCAGAUUCGAUCGCAGCCACACAGUGCACUACCAGUGAUGACGCACAUCCACCUCGCAAGGAAUCCAAUUCGUGUAAUCUUGUUGAAGCAUCUCGAUCCGGCACCGCUACAACACUGUGUGCUAGUGUGGGAAGUCCAGUGAAGCAAACGUUGCUGUCUACCGCAGUGGUGCAAAUCCGUGGAUCAAAUUCCGCUGUUUAUCCCUGCAGAAUUCUACUAGACUCCGCUUCCCAAGUCCAUUUCGUCACGGAGCGUUUUGUCAAUUUGGUUGCCCCGAAGAAGGAACCUGUCGACUACACAGUCAGCGGUCUCAACGGGACUAACACCAGACUUCGUCAUAGGGUGCACAUGACAAUCGAAUCCUGUAUCGGAGAUUUUUCUGUUGAUUUAGAAUUCCUCGUCGCUCCGCGGAUUACGGGUGACAUCCCUCAACGGUCAUUCAGUGCAUCGGAGUGGUCCAUCCCUACCGAUAUCAAAUUAGCUGAUCCAGAGUUUCAUACUAGAGGACGCAUCGAUAUGCUUGUUGGUGCAGAAAUUUUCUGGGAUGUAGUGAAGGGAGACCAGAUCAAGCUAGGAUCGAACCUACCAGUGCUCACUAACACGGAAUUCGGUUGGGUGGCUGGAGGUAUCAUUUCGACUGAUGUACCAGUGAUCGCUAAAUCUUUCUGCCAAAUUGCCGACGAAGAUUUGAGUGAACUUCUACGAAGCUUCUAUAAACUGGAAGCUUGCGAUGAGAUCCAGUACUCGAACAAAGCAGCUGAUGAUCGCUGCUUGGAACAUUUCCGUGACACCCACCAACGAGAUCAGGAAGGAAGGUAUUACGUACGGCACCCGUUCAACGACAUGAUAAACGAACUCGGUGAAUCCCGAACAAUGGCAACGAGAAGGUUUCUUUCUUUGGAGCGACGGCUGGACAGGGAACCAGAAAUCAAGCAGCAGUAUGCCUGUUUUAUGCAUGAGUACGAAGACCUCGGUCACAUGAGAGCCAUCACCGUCGACGAUAGCGAAGCGUCCAAUACCGUUUACUACAUACCCCACCACUGUGUAGUAAAACCCACAAGUACGUCUACAAAAUUGAGGGUCGUGUUUGACGGGUCUGCACCGUCAUCAUCAGGAGUGGCCAUCAACGAUGCUCUACUGACGGGGCCAAACGUUCAAAAUGAUUUGUUUUGCAUUCUAUUGAACUAUCGCAGCUACAGGUACGUGUUCACGGUAAACGCUGUCAAAAUGUUUCGUCAGGUCGGAGUCCUCCCUCCGGAUACAGCAUACCAACGAAUAGUAUACCGCUAUGAUCGGAACGAGCCACUGACGGUGUAUGAGCUUUCGACAGUAACAUAUGGCUUGGCAUCAUCUCCUUUUCAAGCCACUAUGGCACUUCGACAGACUUCGGAAGAUCACCAGCACGAAUUUCCUCAAGCAUCGAAGGUAAUAAAGAAGAGUGCCUACAUGGACGACGUGAUUGCAGGUGCGCACAGUAUCCAGGAUGCAUGCGCACUUCAGCAGGAAGUUAGCGGAUUAUUGGCGAAAGGUUGUUUCGAGACUCAUAAGUGGUGUGCAAACCACUCGGAAAUAUUGCAGCAUGUUGACAAGGAAUCUUGUGGUACGAAUUUCAAUGUGGGUGACAUCAACUCGAACAUCAUAAAGACCUUAGGCGUUGUCUGGAAUCCGCUUGACGAUUGGUUUUCGUUCUCUGUCGAACCUGGUAAUCCUGAAGCUACAACGAAAAGAAAAAUUCUCAGUGAAGUUGCCAAGAUAUAUGAUUUGCUUGGAAUAGUUGGCCCGAUUGUUACUGCAGCGAAAUUGAUUCUUCGGGAGGUCAGUGUGCUUGCGGUGGAUUGGGAUGACCCUGUCCCACAUAAUAUUGUGCUUAAGUGGCAGUAUUUUCGUGACGAGUUGAUUUGCCUGAACGAAUUGCGUGUACCAAGGUGGAUCUCAACAGCUGAUGCGAUGUCCGUGCAACUGCACGGUUUCUCCGACGCCUCCGACGUGGCUUACGGGGCGUGUCUCUAUUCACGAGUUAUCCACCAGAACGGUUCAGUCACGAUGCAUCUAAUCUGCAGCAAAUCACGGAUUCUUCCAAAAAAGUCUGGCAAGUGCAAGCCAAUUACUACUCCUCGAGCCGAGCUGCUUGGUGCGGUGUUGCUGUCAAAAUUAGUUGAAAAAGCGAUUGCUGCGAUUGAUAUUGAUUUCGAGUCCGUAAAUCUGUGGACCGAUUCCCAGAUUGUUUAUUGUUGGAUACGGAAACCACCGGAGGUACUACAGCUGUAUGUUUCGAACAGAGUGACCGAAAUUCAACGAAUUACAGGUGCGUAUAAGUGGCGAUACGUUCCGAGUCAACAAAACCCAGCGGAUAUUAUUUCGCGUGGAGAAUUUCCCCGUAAAUUGUUAGCUAACACGAUGUGGUGGGACGGUCCGCCCAUGCUGAAGGUGACAACGAUUGAAGAAGUGCACCCUGCGCCGUUGGCGGAUGAAAAUUUACCCGAAAUGAAAGCUGGUGUCUCGUUGGCUGUUACUUCUCCUGUGAAACGAUUGUUGAUUUUCGACAGAGCAAAUGAUUAUGACAGGAUUCUACGAGCUAUGGCCUACUUGAUUCGAUUCGCGAAAUACUUUACCAGCAGAAAGAAGAUGAUCGUCAGAGGACCGCUAACCGUUCCAGAACUACGGGCUGCGCUGGCGGUAACAGUGAGGUGUGUUCAGAUGGAAAUGUUCCAUCACGAGUUACGAGUGAUUACUGAAGGAAGGCAAACUAAACACCGUCUGUGUGGCUUGAAACCGUUCAUCGAUUCGCAAGAUGGGAUUAUGCGUGUGGGAGGUAGAAUCAAAAAUGCUCUCAUACCAUAUGACAGUCGACACCAAAUGUUAUUACCUGCCGGACAUCCGUUUUCGGUAGCCGUUGUGAAGAAUUUGCACCGGUCAAACUUGCAUAUUGGACAAAAGGGUCUACUUGCAAUGGUUCGUCAGCGAUUUUGGCCACUGAGAGUCAAAUCAACGAUCCGGAAAAUCAUCGGUAGCUGCAUUACUUGCUUCAGAGCGAAUCCACUGAAAACGUCCCAGCUGAUGGGUGAUCUGCCUUCAUACCGAGUCCAACCGGCGCCAGCCUUUGCUUAUACUGGUGUGGACUACGCUGGCCCUUUUUUGAUAAAGUCGUUCACUGCUGGUCGCAGGCCGUUAGUAACCAAAGCCUAUGUUUGUUUGUUCGUUUGUAUGGUGACGCGAGCAAUACAUGUGGAGCUUGUGUCCGACUUGACCACUGAUGCAUUUUUAGCUGCCUUGCGGCGAUUCACUAGCCGGCGAGGGUUGCCAUGUAAGAUGUAUUCCGACAAUGCAACGAAUUUUGUCGGAGCUCAAAAUGAACUUGAGGAGCUAGCGCGGCUUUUUAACGAUCAACAGCAGUCCAAGAAGAUAACGGAUUAUUGCACCAAUCAAGGAAUUGAAUGGUCUUUCAUACCACCACGAAGCCCUCACUUCGGUGGUAUCUGGGAGGCUGGAGUGAAGCAGGUAAAGCACCAUCUGACGCGGAUUGUCGGUGGUUGUAAGCUGUCGUACGAAGAGUUAUACACCACAUUGACCCAAAUUGAAGCUGUGCUGAACUCGCGGCCAUUGGCGCCGUGUUCUGACGAUCCGUGUGAUCUAUCUGCGAUUACCCCUGCACAUUUUCUAAUUGGUCGAGAGAUGCAGGCAGUUCCUGAACCGUCUUAUCUGGAUCUAAAACAGUCAACGCUUUCACGAUGGCAACUUGUCCAGACAAUAUUUCAACAUUUCUGGAGAAGAUGGACGGCUGAAUAUCUACCCGAGCUGCAAAACCGAUCGAAGUGGACAAAGACGAUCAACAUUACCAAAGGAUCCCUGGUGUUGGUAAUCGAUCAAAAUGUGCCACCCUUCCAGUGGCCGCUUGGGCGAGUGAAGGAGUUACACCCUGCAACCAAUUGCGCACCCAAGCGCGAACUUCUCCCCGUCGGACGGAAUUUCCUGGCAAUUGCCAACCGGCCGGAAGCGGACAGAUCCGUAAUCACAUCGGUCCGAGGAGGCUCGAGGGACCUCCACGUGGACAGGAUCCACACGCCGGCUCAUCAUCAAAACCGGCACGGCAUAGUAACCGCCAUAGUAUCGGCGUGUGAAACGCCGAACCGCCAUUUGCCACCAUCAUCAAAGGGAAUUUUGAAGGAGAAGGAACUGCAGCAGCAGCCGCAAGAACAGCAGCCCCAGCAGUGGGAACUGCACAAUUACUUCGUGUGGCCGUGGCCGAGGCUGGAAACCUCGGUCCGGUCACGACAAUCCCGAUUCGAGAGUCCUGGGUUUCUCUUGAUCGACCACAACACCUUCCAGUUCAACUGCCGAUCAAAAGUUCCAGCACGACGUUUGCUUUGA